GAUCCCUCAUCGCGAAGUGACUGCUUGUUCCUGAUUGCAACCGUCCCGGAUACCUUUCAUUCCCGCAUUAUCCGCGCAAUCCGCGAUCUCAUCCUCAAAAAUGGUUCACAAAGUGCUCUUCUGGGGCGGCUUCGGCAUCGCCGUCCGACUCUGGCAACUCGGCAUCGAAAUGCGUCCUAUCCUCGCUAAGGAAUCCCUUUGGGUGUACCCCCUCUUCGCCGGUGUUGGCGGCAGCUUCGGAUACUGGCUCCAGGGCGUUGAAGACCGACAACUUAAGAUCCUCGCACAGCGCCGGAAAGAUGUCCUGGAGAAGCGCCGCAGACGAGACGAGGGAACAUUGAGCAAGGUGGAAGAGGCUGGAACAUUGGCUGCGACAUCGUGAGAUUUGUACAUUGCUGUUUGUCUUUUUUAUCAACUUUUAUCUGUCUUCAGAGUCGCAGGUGGAGGGUUGAACGGCAUAUUCUUCUUACCAGGCUAGACGGAGAAUGAACCCCCCGCCAUACUUGUACCAAAAAUGCAAAAUGGUUAAUACUCGACAAAGGCUCCCGGUUUGUAAGAGUAGAUAAUUGCUGCCUCAGGGAGAAUUCUCCUCAAUUUCCAAGUCGAUGUAAUAACAACAGGACGGGUCGAAUUCCCACAAGUACUAUAGAAUCCGA